AUGAUGUACUCUGUCCUCAAAGCGCUGUGCGCCAUCCCUCUACUCUGCAGCGUCGCUGGGAGCGCAAAGACGAGCUUUGCAUUGCAACAGGAAGAAACCUUGGACCAGUGGCUUGAAGCAGAGGGUACUUUUGCCCUCCAGGCAAUUCUCGACAAUAUUGGACCCAACGGCGCCAAGGUACGCGGUGCCCACGCUGGCAUUGUGGUUGCGAGCCCGAGCAAAUCUAAUCCAGAUUACUUUUAUACAUGGACUCGGGAUGCCGCCCUCGUCUUCAAACAGCUUGUCGACACGUUCAUUGCUGGAAACUAUGACUUGCAGGAUAAAAUUCACGAGUUCAUUACCGCCCAGGCGGAAUUACAAACCGUGUCAAACCCAUCCGGGACGCUGUCUACUGGUGGUCUCGGAGAGCCAAAGUUCCAUGUCAACCAGACGGCGUUCACGGGCGACUGGGGCCGGCCUCAACACGAUGGGCCACCACUGAGAGCUACCGCAAUGAUAACAUAUGCGAAAUGGCUUGUUGAUAAUGGGCAUGUAGACGCUGCGAGAUCGAUUGUAUGGCCAGUGGUGCAAAAUGAUCUCGCAUACGUUGGUCAAUACUGGAACAGCACCGGGUUUGAUUUGUGGGAAGAAGUCAAAGGCUCCUCUUUCUUUACAGCAAUUGCACAACAUCGUGCACUUGUGGAAGGCGGCAAUCUUGCUCGCCAGCUUGGAGUGGACUGCUCUCAGUGCGAGUCCCAAGCGCCACAGGUGCUUUGCUUUUUGCAGUCGUUUUGGUCCGGGACAAAUAUCAUUGCGAAUUUCGGCGGAGAUAGGUCGGGUCUUGACACAAAUUCCAUCCUUGGGAUUAUCCAUAAUUUCGAUCCAGAGGCUGAUUGUGACGAUAAUACCUUUCAACCCUGCUCGUCAAGGGCGCUUGCAAACCAUAAACGAGUUACAGACUCCUUCCGUUCAAUAUACCCUAUCAACUCCCGUAUUCCGAGCGAUCAAGCCGUUGCAGUUGGCCGUUACGCCGAGGAUGUUUAUUACGGAGGGCAGCCAUGGUAUUUAGCAACGUUCGCCGCCGCUGAAAUGCUGUAUAACGCUAUUUACCAGUGGAAUCGCACCGGCGAGAUGAGCAUCACCGAUGUAUCAUUACCAUUCUUCAAAGGCGUCUAUAGCUCGGCUCAAGUUGGAAAAUAUUCGGCAUCAUCCAGAGCCUUCUCGGACAUCAUGGCCAACGUUACAAAAUAUGCAGAUGGGUACCUGAACAUCGCGAGGAGAUAUACACCAUGUUCAGGGGCACUAGCUGAACAGUUUUCAAAGGCCGAUGGCAGGCCACUCUCUGCAUCAGACCUGACUUGGUCAUAUGCUGCUCUUCUCACAGCAAAGGAGAGACGAAAUGCAAUUGUACCGGGGCCAUGGGGUCAAAAGUCUGCCCAUGAUGUUCCGACGACCUGCUCAGCGAGCCCAGCCCCCGGACGCUACCAAACUGCGACUAUCACAGGGUGGCCAUCGACGCUGACUCCCGUCCCAACUAGUCCAACGCCAUGCCCAGCCCCGAAUCGAGUCAAAGUCACUUUUCAGUCAAUAACCGAGACAAAGUGGGGUGAAAACAUCUUUAUCGUCGGAUCCGUUGCUGAACUGGGCUCGUGGAACCCCGAGGCGGCAACGCCUCUGAGGGCGGACAAGUACGAGGAUUCUUGUCAUAUGUGGUACGCGCAAGUUGAUUUGCCUGCCGGAGCAAGGGUCGAGUAUAAAUACAUCCGCAAAAGUGGUGAUGGAAAAGUGGUGUGGGAGAGUGAUCCGAAUCGAUCGUAUAAGAUCCCGAAGAAAUGUGGUGUUUCUUCGCUGACUUUGAAGAGCAGCUGGCGUUGA